GCCUGGCCUGGGAGCUUGGCUGACGUUCCGCCUCCGGAGUCCCUGGGUGGCAGGUUCGAGUCCCGCCUCCCGCUCUCGAACCCGGUCCGGGGCGUGGCGUCGUGGCUGCUUCAUCCUAGUCCCCCAGAAGUGGGUGGAGGCUCGGCUUCGACUCCAGCAUGGAGGCCUACCUGCAGGGUUGUCGGGCUGCUCUGCAGGAGUCCAGGCCGCUGCAUGUCGUGCUGGGAAACGAGGCAUGUGACUUGGACUCCACGGUGUCGGCUCUUGCCCUGGCUUUCUACCUGGCAAAGACAGCGGAGACCAAAGACGUCUUCGUGCCCGUUUUAAAUAUGCAACGUUCCGAGCUCCCUCUGCGGGGUGACAUCGUGCUCUUCCUUCAGAAGAUGAGCAUUCCAGAAGCCCUCUUGGUUUUCCGGGACGAGGUGGACCUGCACAUGUUGCACCAGGCGGGCCGACUUUCCCUCACCCUGGUGGACCAUCACGUCUUACCCAAAAGUGACGCAGCCCUGGAGGAGGCAGUGACGGAGGCGCUAGAUCAUAGGCCCCUGGAACGGAAGCAGCACCUGCCCUACCGCGUGUCUGUCGAGCUGGUGGGCUCUUGCGCGACCCUGGUGACCGAGCGGAUCCUGCAAGGGGCACCGAAGAUCUUGGACCUGCAGACAGCAACGCUUCUCCACGGAACCAUCAUCGUGGACUGUGUCAACAUGGACCCCAGAAUGGGCAAGGCUACCCCUAAAGACAGCAGAUAUGUGGAGAAGCUGGAGGCCCUCUUCCCAGAUCUGCCCAAGAGGAAAGACAUCUUUGAUUUUCUACAAAAGGCCAAGUUUGAUGUAUCAGGACUGACAACCGAGCAGAUGCUGAGAAAGGACCAGAAGACCAUCUCCAGGCAAGGCACCAAGGUGGCCAUCAGUGUCAUUUAUCUGGACCUGGAGGCUUUUCUGCAGCGGUCCGGCCUCAUGGCCGAUCUCCACACUUUCUGCCAGGCCCACAGCUAUGAUGCCUUGAUCAUCAUGACAAUCUUCUUCACGAUGAAUGAGGAACCAGUGCGCCAGUUGGCUGUUUUCUGUCCCCAGGCGGUGCUGCGAACGACUAUCUGCGGGGUGCUGGAACACUCGCACGCUCCAUCCCUGAAGCUCACCCCGAUCCUCAGCCCCCACCCAACUCUGCAAGCCUAUCUUCAAGGCAACACCCAGGUUUCUCGGAAGAAAUUCCUGCCUGUGCUCCACGAAGCUCUGUCCACAUACUUUGACUCCAUGAAGCUCCCUUCUGGGCAGCCCGAGACCCUGGGUGUGUCCAGGGAGCAAAUGGACAAGGAACCAGACAGAGCGGGGCACCCCCUGGCACCCGGACUGAGUCAGGACGACGAGGAGCCCACCUUGCCCCCCACGCCCAUGAACAGUUUGGUGGACGAGUGCCCGCUGGACCAGGGCUUGCCGAAGCUCUUGGCCGAGACCAUCUUUGAGAAAUGUAGCCAGAUAUCCCUGUCCCAGGCUGCCGCUGCCAAGAAGUGACCCUGGGGGAGAGGAGAAGAUGCGAGGCGUGCUUCCAACUGUUGUGUUCUGAUGUGAUUAUGUUGGGGGGGACAAAGACAGUAAGGAAAGCUGCUAGUCUUGGAAUUGCUGGCUACCAUCUCCCCCAUCUCCCAAUCCUACAUGUGAUUUAUUUCCUACAAUCAACACUGACCCCCCCCCCCUCUCUUAGCUUGGCGUGAGGCACAAGGCCAUGCCGGCAUGGUCCCGGCAAAGCAGCACAAAAAAGAAUGUGACCCCCCCCAAAGGGUCCUCAAUCUCGCUAACACAAUCACUCUGUCACGAAACCCACAAUUCACCGUCUCCUAGUGGUCGUUGGGGCGACCACCGACGGCUUAGUCCCAGCGUUCAGCGAAUGCCGGCUGAGCUGGACAAAACAGAGAUUGUCCUUUUUGCUACGACAAUUCCAGCCUUUGCAAACCCCCAGUUUUGUGCUGUCUCCUCCUACCCGUCCAUGAGGUCACGGGUUUGGAGAGAGAGGGCCCCAUUUCUAGUCUGAGCUUGGGACAGUCUCUUGCUCUUUUUGGGAACAGUUUGGAGGCCAGUCUCUUGGCUCCUCACUGGGACAAACCUGGGGUUCCAUUUUUAUGGUUUGCAUCCCAGACCAUAGAGACCCUGCAGGAGCCAAGAGCACCUUCAUAAGCCUCAGCACAAUGUGGGUAUUUGUUCCAGAAGACUGCAAUCCCACUGAGAGCCCAGACGGGGACCAGCAGCCCCUAUCUCAUUCCCUUGCUCCUAUGGAAGGGAAAUAAAUUUCUCAUCCUGGAGUCUUGGAGUUAGGGCAGUGGCUAGGGUACCUGCCUUGCACGGAGCUGACCCCUGUUCAGUUCCCUGCUCCCCAGUCGUGCCAGGAUCGAUCCCUGAGCAUCGCUGGGGAUGGCCAAAAUACAAACAAACCCAGUUC